UGCCAGGAGCUGCAGUGCCCUUCCCUCCCCUCAAGGUGUUGUCCAACGGGGAGCCGUGCGUCAUGUUCCAGGCCAGGAAACUGUCUCUGCGCUACGAGAAGCAGAAGCAGCUGGACCUGACAGAGCGAGCGUUUUCUCCUCAGAAACCUGUCGACACCAGCCAGUCCGUCUGCCGCCAGGACAAGGCCACGCUGGUCAUGAGGUUUGGAGAUGUGGAGGAUCUGACAGGCCUCUCCAUCAGACUGCAACUGUCCAACACUUUCUACGAGUCGUCAGGUCAGUGGUGGUUCUCGGUGGACAGCGUCUCUCUGCUGUACAACACGUCUGAAGAGGCCGUGUUCAAUGCCAGUGAGGUGUACGCUCCAGCCUCCUCCUCCUACCACUGCCUCCACGUCAGCAACCUGCAGCGCUACAGCGCCCUGCUGCUGCCCAGCACCGACCACGCCCGCCGCUGGGCUGUCACCUUCACCGACUUCCAGAUUCAGGCGUUCAAUGUCACCUCUGGUAAGUUCUCUCCUCCGAGCGACUGCGCCACCUUCUUGACUCCGGCCAUCCUGAUGGGCCUCAUCACUUCCCUCAUCCUGCUGCUGGUCUUGGCCUACGCCCUGCACAUGGUCAUCCACCUGAAACACAUUGAGCACGAUGACGAACACAAGGGCGACAUCUAUUUCCCCCAAACCCCCGAACAGCCUGAACAUUGUUGUAUGGAAAGUGUCGUAGAGAAAAAUAUUCUGUAGUGUAACCAGAAAUAUAAGUAAAGACUGUUAACACAUAU